AUGGACUGCGAUGUUAACUACGACGAAGGGCCGGCGUCGAUAGCUGAUCUUGUCGAUCUUCACUACAGUUAUAGCUGUUCUGAUUCUAUGGACCCAGGAGGUGAACCUGUAGCAACGCUCAAGGCUUUCGAUGAAACAGGACUCUCGUCAGUGUACGGCAUCCAUAUACAGCUCAUCACCGGCGACUUCGUACCAGUGGAGGACUACAUGGACAUCCUAUCCCAACAACUAGCUUUCCAAUGUGACGAAAUCGCGCUGUGGCAGCCUCAGACUCUUCCGGGGUACGAUGACGAGAGUGUGCCGUCUGUCUAUCUUCCCACUGGAUACACUUCGCCGGAGCCUGAUCCAUCGUGUGUGGGUGCUGGUGCUCAAGUUCUGGAUGACAGUGUCCAACCCCGCGCCGAUCUUCCGCUCACCAACGAGGGUGAUCCGGGUCCCCUGCCUCAGUCUCCCACCAUUGGGUUGUCGUCCUAUUCCGAGCUUAGUGCGCAUGUCGAAGCCAUGAAGUCGGCAUUUCACCCUCCGGUUACUGGCUCUCAGGUUGUCGACGGAACGACCUCCGCACCGGUGCCACCCACGCGUAGAAAAGCUGGUCGCCCUAGGAAGGAUGCAAAAGCUAAAACUGCGGGGGGACAGCCGAGCAAAAGGCGGCCGAGGGAGAAGAAUAAGAUCGCGUGUUACUCUUGUCGGGUCCUCAAGGUCAAUUGCGGGCGCCCUCAAGCAGAUGGAGCUCAAAAUACACCGUGCGAGUAA